AUGGCUGUUGCAACACACGCCAACCGCCAUGAUGCUGGUCAAAGCUCCGCCUCGACUUCCACAUCCGCAUCCGGUCAACCAUCAGCAGCACGCAGCAGCAGCGAAUCGAGCUUCAGCGCUUUUGCUCGAGUGUUGCAAGCUUGCAAGGAUCUUGAGCCUGCCGCUAGGGUAGAUGCGGACAAUGGAACUGCGCUUCUGUUCGCAGACGUCUGCUCUGGACUAGGCGAAGAAGCUCUCGACGAUGCAGGCUACGUCGCACGCCGUCAAGAUCAGAGUCUGGAAGACGACGACCGAGCAGCAUGGGAGUUGGAACAAAACACGUGGAGACUGGUGCACAUGCUCACGGCAGAGCGAUUGCAAAGGGCCGAUCGCAAAGCGCGAUCUGAAUCCGACGAGCGAAACAAGGAUGUUAUACAGGCAUACGAAACACCGCUUGCCGCGAUACAGAACAUCUUUGAACGAGACGAGCACCUCAACGAGCUCAGAAUCAUCCGCGAAUGGCUGCAAGAAACACUGGCUCCGAAACACAUUGUCGAAGUGCGCAAGGGCUACCUCGCCUUCACCAAGAACCGGGUCCGUGCUGAAAAGCGAGCCAGUGUAGGUGGAGGGGCUACCUCGAGCGACGGACGCAGGUUGACGUUUGGCUCUGCAGCUAGCUCGAGCUUUGCACCCAAAAACCGCGGCAAAGCUGUCAAGAACCUGGAUCCAGAUGCCGUUUCGCGCGGAGAGGGCGGUCUCGAGCUUGAGGACACCACAUACGAGAAAGCACUACUUCGCACGCUUUUCGAAUACGCAAGAGCAGGACGCCUGGAUGCUGCUUUCGAUCUCUGCCAUCAGACUGAUCAGAGCUGGAGGGCAGCGACACUCCGAGGUGCCAUGCUCUAUCACGAUCCAGCCGUCAGCCUCGACUUGCAAGACAUUGACCGCGUCGUCGGCAACCGUAAUCGACCACUUUGGAAGUCAGCAUGCAGAAAGCUAGCCUCCAAUCCAAAUCUGGACGAGUUCGAACGUGCACUUUACGGCUCGCUGGCCGGAGACCUUCCUUCGGUAGCUAACGUUAGUCAGAGCUGGGAAGAGUUCCUCUGGGCUCAUGUCAACGCCAAGCUUGAAGCUGCAGUCGAUCUCAAGCUAGACGAGAGACACAGCUGGUGGAGCCAGGAUGCAGAUGUCGAGCUGUUCGGCGAUGGAGAGCAUGGCGCUGUGAAGCUUGCACUUAGCGCUUCAUCGGCAACUUCUGCCGCCGCCACAGCAGCUAUAUCCGGCGGUGCGACCGACGCAGGGAACGGCGCAACAACAAAGGGAGAGGUCCAGCUCGGCUCAUUGAAUGGCGUCUUCGACAAACUUAGUCAAACGCAAUCGCACGGCAUCCAUCUACAGGCCAACAACCCAUACCGACUGGUGCAGAGGAGCAUUGUUUCGAACAACCUACCGGAACUUUUCAAUCGCUUCUCAGACAAUCUUGGAGAUAUGCAGGCUGCUCUGGAACCACCGACAUUCGCACGGCUCCUGCGCUUCUUCGCGCACCUCAUCCUCUACCUCCGUUUGCUGUCGAUCCCUCUGCCAGACUUUGCCUGUAACGCAAUACUGUCGUGCUACGUACAAGUGCUAGAGGCGGCGGGUGAGACAGAUCUGGUGGCAAUGUACGCAAGCUCGCUCGAACCGCAGUCAGCCACGAGGAGCUACGCCAACUUCUUGCGAUCUAUGGAUGUCAAUGCAAGCCGCGAAGCUAAGGCGCAUGCUUUGCGCCAGGCCGAGCAACACAACCUCGACUUGGCGGCAGUGGCAAGAUGCACCGUUGACAUUGUCUUUGACGAGCUCUUCGGAACCAUUCUUUCGGACUUUGACGAAUCGGCUGGAUUUGGUGGAGCGCUCAAGUCGAGAGCAGGGCCGGGUAAGCUGGACGCUAUCAAGUUUGAUGUUCGUCUCGAUGCCAACGAAGAAGCGCUCAUCCGAGCCAUCGACUGGCUUACUUUUGACCCGACGACAUACGUCGAUGCCAUGACACAGUCGAAUGCGCUGACUCGACUCUUCCUGUCAACCGGUCGAUUGCAUGCCGCCAAAGUGCUGCGUGACCGCAUGCCAACUGAGGUAUUGUCCAGCAUCGGGGAGCUCCCACUGCCCGUGGACCAGAGCAUCGAGCGCACAGGCUGGGACACGUUCUUCACCGCUUUGGAAGCUCACGUUACUUACAAGCACUUCUGGACCACGCGACCUGCCGACGUGGUCAAGUCGAAAGGCGAAGCCGGAUCCAACAUUCGCACAGGUGGCUUGUCGAAGCUAGAAGGUAUGAACUGGGUCAAAGCUCUGAGGCAGGUGAUUGAGCAAGCUCGUGAUCUUGAUCUGCUCUUGCUGCAACGAGACUGGCUCAAGAUCCCUCUCAGUGGGACUGGAGGCGGACUGGAGACAGAGAGAAGAGCACGUGAACUGUUCGACAUUCGUCAAACAUACAUCCCCGAGAUCGUGUUCCGAUUGCACGAUAUGCUGGUCGAGUCUUGGAGCGCCAUCCCGACGAACCUCAACAUGGCGUUGCGACUAUCAGAGAUUGUUGCCGACGAGCGACACAAGAUCUACCUCGAGUUCAUUCAAGGCAACUCGCAGAAUCUGCUUCAAGACUAUUUACAGCGUGUCCGCGAAGCUUCGUUGCUCCUUCUCGAGGAUGGAGGAGACGUCUUUGAGAAGGCCACAGAGUCGUAG